CUUUUCCAAGUGGCCGACAUAUUAUUCUCUUUAAUCUUGCUUUUCAAAGUGCGUAUCCUUUUCUCGAAUUGCAAGUAAACAACAGGAAGCUGAUCUUAUAUAUGAUAUCGUUGUAAGCGGUAUUACUCACACUCUGCAGCCAAGCUUUUCAAGUUUCAAUUGCAUUCACCUAUUCUAUUUCUUCUGAGUUUUCUCUGCUAUUAUAUUCCAUAGGAGGUCGAAUUCUCAAUCCCAAGAAAAAACUUGAAGAUGGCGUCUAUUCUUGCAGAGGGUGUUGUUGGUAAAGUUUGUGAGAUGGCCAUUCAACAAGUGGCUAAUGAGGUAAGCAUAGUCUACAACUUCUCGGAAGACUUUGAACGGUUGAAGAACAAAAUGAGGCAAAUAAAUUAUUUUCUGAAUGAAGCUGAUGAGAAGAGCAGUACACAAAAGGAGUCUGUGAAAGAAUGGCUUCAGAGCGUUCGUGAUAUUGCCUGGGAGGCAGAGGACCUACUUCAAAUAUGUGCCGUGGAUUCUACUAAUUCUCAGUCAUGCACUUUGAGUUGUAAUCAAUUAAUUCUUCGCCAUCAAAUGGGCAGAAGGAUUCAAAAGGUCAAAGCCCGAGUGAGCUCCGUUAUUGAAGAUGGAAACCAACUGAAUAUAGGUCAUACUCUGGUGUCUCACGUAGAUGCAGCAGAAUCAUCAAAUACAUCCCAGAGGCGAAAGUAUACGAGACUGAGUGUCUUACCCAGCGAUUCUAAACCAGUGGGGAUACAGUCCAAGAUUGACAGCAUGGUGAAUUUGCUAGAAAGCCCCCAAUUUCCAAUUAUUGCAGUGGUUGGAAUGGGGGGACUGGGCAAGACCUAUCUUCUUCAGCAUGUGUACAACGCCCAAAAAGGAAGGUAUGAGAAAUCUGUAUGGCUUUCAGUUUCUCAGUUCUAUUCUUUUUCCAAGUUGCUCAAUGAUUUAGCCUUCCAAUUAGAUGAAGAUUUAAGUAAAAAAAUUAAGAAGAGUGGUGUAAGUGAAGAGGUAGCAGCAGAGUCGAUUUAUAGCUUUAUGCAAGGGAAGAAGUGCCUUAUUGUUUUAGAUGAUGUGUGGAGGGCUACUAGAGAAGGUGAUUUGCUAACCAAACUUGGUAUCCCAACUGGAGCUAAUGGUCAAUGCCAAGUUUUGGUUAGCACAAGAAGCAGAGAGGUUUCCGCAAAUCUCAAGGCUCAGAUUUAUGAGAUGGAAAGUUUGACAGAUGGAGAGAGCUGGAAGCUGUUUUGUGUUUAUGCAUUUCCUGAGUCUGAAGGAAAUAGAGCGCCAGAGCCCCUGGAGGAGGUAGCUCGUAAAAUCAUGAAGGAAUGUGGGAAUUUGCCACUUGCCAUCAAGACCACUGCAGCGUCUCUAGCGAACACUUCACUGCCAGAGUGGCAGUCCAAGUUGAGCAAGCUUAAAAAGGUAAGCAUUCCUAGCGAUCCUGUCAUGGAUAUUCUCAAGCUGAGUUACGACGCCCUGCCUGCACAUCUUAAGGCUUGUUUUGCUUAUCUUUCAUUCUUUCCCGAGGAUGAGCAAAUAGAGUGUGAGUAUCUCAUAUAUCUAUGGAUGGGAGAAGGGUUCGUUCCGGCAGGAGACAAUCCUUGGGAUUGUUUAUAUCAGCUUGCCAAUCUGUGCCUGCUUGAAGUAUGGGAAGAUAAAUGGCUAACAAAAUAUUGUAAAAUUCACGAUUUAUUGCUUGAUUUGACCAUACUUAUCUCCAGAGAAAAUAAAUGUUCAUUCAGCGUUGACGAGGCCUUCUCCAAAUUGCGAUCUGUGAAUACAGGUGGUGGUCGCUGGUGUCGCCUAUUUUUGGCGAAGAAAGAUAUACAUGAGCAUGUCAUCUCAGAGAGGCGUCCUGUUUCUCCAACACUUGUCCGCACACUGUCGCUGUCCGACAAUACAGAAAUUGGAGGAAAAUUUCCGGCAAAGCUGUUUUACGGUAUGAGAGUAUUGCGGGUUCUUGAUUUGACCAACACAAAUAUCUCCACAUUGCCUGCUUGUAUUGGACAGAUGAAACUACUCAAAGUCUUGAAUUUGAGUUGGACAAAAAUUAAGAAGGUACCAGACUGUGUAAGAUAUCUUAAGAGUCUCUGUUAUCUUAAUGUCUCUUGUUCCCAUCACUUAAUGGAGAGUGAGGCACCAGAAUGGAUAAGUGAGCUGAGGUGUCUUCAGCAUUUGAAAGGCCCGUUUGAGCGAAUGCCAAAGGGAAUAUCAAAGCUGGAGGCUUUGCGAACACUGCGAGUACAAUCGUUCUUGUCCUUGUCAAUGGAAGAAGACGGUGUGUUAAGGUUAGAGGAUGUUGGCAAGAUGAGUGAGAUUGAGGAAAUAGGGUUUAAAGUUGAGGAUGAAUCACAGUUGAAGAAGAUGGAAGAAGGGAUACUUGCACCCUUGCUCAAGUUGCGUCGACUAGAAGUGGAAAAUGGCAUCCAUGAAAUGCAAUCAGAUCUUCCUCAGUUUCCGGAGAGAAUGGGUGCAAUGAGAGAUCUGGAAUGUCUCUUACUAAGGAAGUUCGCAGUGCCCAGUUGGAUAUGUUGUUUGGCAAAUCUCAGGUACCUCUGUUUAUGGGAGUGUGAUUGCAGUAAUUAUCCGGAAUUACAAACAAUGCCCAAUCUCGUGAGUUUGUGGUUGCGGAAGAAUAAGAGGUGCACAGAAUUGCCAAAGGCGUUUGGAAAGUCGGGAGGGUUUCCACAUCUCCGCUUCUUUUGGAUAUAUGAUUUCCCCGAAUUGGAGGAGUUUCCAGAAAUGGAGGAUGGAGCGAUGGCAUGUCUUGAGAAGUUGGAGAUAUUUGGGUGUAGGAAGGUGAAAAAAGUGGGAGAGGGAUUGGAGCGGCUGAGAAGACUCAAGGAGUUCAGGUUUGAAGAAUCAGGGACGGAUGAAUUGAGGGAGACAUUGAAGGAAGGCGGGUCGUAUUGGGAAAAAGUCAAAACCAUCAAUUCUCAUAUAACUAUUAUUUGUACUAGUUAUUGAUAGGAGUAUUCAAUACAGCUAGGGAAACAUUCACUAUGUAUAUAAUUCAUAAAUCAUUUUUAUAAAUAUUAUUGAUCAUUGCAUGGA